AUGCGUGAACACGCUAGAUAUAUUCGAGGGGGUGGGACUGAAGGCAAACCUUACCUAGCAGUUCAGGAAAAAGAAUUACUAGAGACUAACAAAUGGUCUUCUGUAUUCAAAAAACAAGUGUACUUGUCUAAAGUUAGAAUUGAUGUUCUAAGGCCCUGGAUAAAUAAACGAAUAAAUGAGUUAAUGGGUAUAGAAGAUGAAAUACUUGUAGAGUACAUCAUGACGCAACUAAAGGAAGCUUUGCAAAAUGAGAGCACAAAGGACCUGUCAGAAAUUAAGUUGCUAGACCCAAAACUGCUAGUUGUGAAUAUCACAGGCUUUAUGGCAAAAAAAGCACAACCUUUUGUGGCAGAGUUAUGGGAACACAUGUUAUCAGCACAGGAAACGGAGCACGGCGUACCGACAGGAUUUAUUCAGGACAAGAAACAGGAAAUAGAAAUGUUGAAGCAAAAAUCACAACUAUUGGACAGUGAAUUAGCGCGCCAAAAAGAAGUCAAGAAGGAGUCUGCGUUAGAACAGAUAGCAAGGGGAAAAGAUAGAAAUGAAUCCACCGACAAGUAUCGUAGACAAAACAAUCGUGAGUAUUAUCUCCGCAGAAAGGAUAGCUACAGAAGUGGCAGAAGAUAUAGAGAUCGAGAUAGCCGUAAGAGAUACAGGAGAUCACGAAGCCCUAGAAGAAGAUCUAGUUCUUCUUCAAGGUCUAGUAGUGGAAGAUCUCAAAGCCCUAGAAGAAGAUCUAGUUCUUGUUCAAGGUCUAGGGGUAGUAGAAGAUCUUAUAGCCCUAGGAGGAAUAUGGAUACGUGUAGAAAGAGAUCCGAUUCCCGAGAUUCAGAUUAUAUGCGCAAGAGACGAUCCAUCAAGGAUGAAAGGCAUAUGUCAAGGCAUUCUAGCGGAUCAAUGUCCAAAGAAUAUGGAAACUAUAGGUCAAAUAGCAGAGAGAGAAGGCGUAGAUCUGAAGCAUCUAAUAGUGAUAGUGAUAAAACACCAUCUAGUGUCUCAAGUUCCUAUAGUCCUACUAGAGAAGAUAGUAUGUCUACAUCGGAGUGA